CGUUUAUAUACACCGGUUAUUUUCUACCUGCUAGUUUGCUGAUGUGGUUUUUAAAUUAGUAAACCUCACAGGCCGAUUGAAACUGUUUUUAUAAUUUACUUCUUAUGCUCAAGGAUUAUGCCUUAUUAUCAAACAUGGGAAGAGUUCGCUCGUGCAGCAGAAAAACUAUAUUUGAAAGAGCCAAUGAAGGUCAGGGUGGUUCUCAAAUACAGACACUGUGAUGGUAACCUUUGCAUCAAAGUCACCGAUGAUGCAGUGUGUUUACAAUACAAGACGGACCAGGCCCAGGACGUUAAGAAGAUAGAGAAACUGCAUGGCAAACUGAUGAGGCUUAUGGUGUCCAAGGAAAGUGGUGCCAUGGAAAUGGAUUGAACCCCUUGCCCUUAGUUGUGUUAACUCUCCUUUGAGUCUGGACUGUGGUUUGUCAAUAGCACAAACAAUGGAAGAGAACAGAGCUGGAAUGACUACAUCGGAUCAUGAGAGAGAGGGAAGGGAGGGGAAAUAGGAGGGUUGAUGGGAAUAAAAAAUUUAAAUGGAGAGCGUAACCUUCGCUGCUCUGAAGAGGUAUUUGCUGGAGUUCUUUUAAAGAGCUUGUAUUUAUUUUCAGUUAAGAUGGACUAAAACAGAUUGAGAGACGCAUGUCUGUUUACUUAUAUGGUUAGAUUUUCAUUUGAUAUGUUUUUUUAUUUUAAAAUGUUCAUGACCAUGAAUGAAGCAGGACCUUUUGAUUUCCACACUGGCUAUUUCAGUGAAGGAAGAACAAUGCCUCCAAUGCCAUUUAGUGAACUUUGCAAAUGAUUGCAUUACUCAGUAAAUGUUUAUAUAACUUACAACAGCCAACAUCUCAACUGUCUGAAAUAUUUCGAUUUUAAUGUAUGAUUUAAUUUCAAUAUCUCCCCAUAUUGCUGCUGUUCAAGCUGCCAUACACACAACGGCCCUCCUGAAUGUCUUUAUUUAUCAAGAAUGCCUGAUUUUCUGACAUUUUCUAUUUAAUCAUUGAAAAUAACUUGUCCUCAAACCAGGUCACUAGCUACGUAGGUUUCCAUCCAAUUGGCGACAGAUUUUCAUGCAAAUAUUGGAAAAUCCGUAUAAAAACAAUAUGGCCAAUUUCCCACCAGAGAUGUUUACAUCAAAUCGACUUGUUGCAGAUCAAAGACUGCAUAGUGCACAUAAAAAUACAUUUUGUGGUUAAAUUCCAAUGUACCGAAUAAAAAAAUACAAGUUAAA